CUUUAGAUGGUGAAAGUUAAUGAAGAGCAGUCAAACCCGCUGGAAGUCAGAGUCCAUAAUGCAGUGGUUCUGCUGGCAUGUGGCAGCAAAGAUGAGUCUGGGAUUUCUGUGUCUGUUUCUGAUUCUCAGCACAGCUUCAUGCAUAAGAAGAGAAAAUAAGAAAGAGAAGAAAGUGGCAGUGCUGGCUACUGCAGAGCUGCCUGCUAAGUCUGUGGAUCUGGCUGCUAUGAACCUGACAGAACUGGUGAACAGCAUGCUGAACACCACACUCAGAGGUACCAAAAACCUCUUCUCUUUGCUGAGCAUCACAUCCUACAGCUCAUUUGCCUUCCACAAAGUGUCAGUCACCAUUUAUAACAUUUCUAACGUGAAAAAUGUUGACCCUGGCAAGUUUCCCAUGCAUUACUGCUAUUGUUUGAACAAUGUGACAAACGACUUGACAGAUUUCACAGCUUUACUUGUCGAUAUUAUUGGCAACUCCACCAGUUAUCUCACAGAAAUUUUCAAAUCCACUUCAAUUCUCUCAGUGCAUCAGAGCAAUGAUUCAGACUGUAUCUACAUCUGUGUGAUGACAGGCCAGACAGGGAGAAAUCUGUCUGACUUUUGGGAAAUGCUGGAGAAGUCUCCUGUUAUUAAUUAUACAUUUUCCAGUAAUACAUCUUCUGACAUGGGCCCAGAUUCCAUUUUAUCAGGUUUCAUGAAAUUACAGGAAACAAAUAAAACAGUGGAUCCAUCAGCAGAACAUGUAUGGACAUUCAUAACUACCAAGAUCCCUCUUGCCCAGAAAGGGAACGAAAUCCCCACAACAAGAUUCCCACCGUGGACAAAGACAGUGGGAGUCAAAGGACUGGGAUUUCCAUCACCACACCUGGGUGAUUCCAGACCACGAGGCACAGCUGGACCUGCUCUGACUGCUGUGGGGAGCUGGGCGCCCUCACCAGCCCUGCAGCCCAGCCCCACUGACAUGUACACAUUUUGGAUGCAGACAGCAUCUCCUCAAGAAACCAGUAAGCUGAUGCAAACAGAGCCAGAUUUGCCUUCCUCAGUACUGUCUACGCCACCCUUCAGGCCCGGUGUGACGCUGAAGCUUUACUCAGCUACCAGGUGCCCACAGGCAAUCUUCAAAGAGCUGCGUGUUACCUCUCCUCCCAUCACGUUCAUAGUGCAAAAGAUCAACCCCUGUGUGAUGGAGCUGUGUAGAUUCUUUCAGCUGUGUCUCUGUGUUGGUCAGAGAAGAUAUUCCAGAAAAGAAGCCAUGAGGUACUGUGUUGAAUAUUAUUCCUGGUUCUUGAAAAAUGCAACUUAUGUCUGUGAAAGAGUCAAAAGAGUUGCUUACUCUCACACAUUAAAACAAAAAUGCCUUAAAAACAUCUGUAUGGUGGUCUAG